ACUGCAGAGAGAGAGAGAGAAUCAUAGAGGACUUGCGUUUGGAGAGAGGGAGGCACUGAAGGAAUAGAGAGAGAGGACGCGGAAAGGGCCCCAAAAAAAAGACGAGAAAGAAGAGAGGAGGAAAUAGUAAAUAAAUCAGGGCUAUCGUUUAUUUUGUCUACGUAACGUGAAGUUAUCAGUAGAAAACGGACAAGUCAACCGCCUUUUCAGCCGUUUUUACAACACCACGAGGACAGAGACGGGAGAGCCGCAUGGAAUAUUUUCUCUUGUACUGAACAGGACACUCUUAGCUGUAUUUUUAUAUGACGAAUUGUCACAGUGGAAAUAAGCCCAUUUUAUAGUCUAUUUUUGAUGGUGAUUUUGAUUUGGAAACCACGAAGUGAACCUCAUGCCAUGCUCUUUUGCAAAGAAGGGAACAAUAGCGUAACAGAGACUUGACUCGGUACAUGUUCUAUCUGCUCCUGUAGAACCGCGUUAACGACCACACAACACGCAGAACAAUACAAAACAACGCGAAUAAAUUCGCUCUGCCAACAGGACUUCCAGGAUCUUCUUCAGCCGACAGACCAUGGCUGCGGUUACCAGCCCAGAGACGAGUCCUCAACCCCGGGUAUAUUUCCAGACGGCAGCUGCCGGUUCCACCGAAGAACCGGAGACCCCUGUUCGGAAGCAAGGGCGAGUAACCGUGAAAUAUGACCGAAAAGAAUUGAGAAAGAGACUGAAUCUGGAGGAAUGGAUAAUCGAUCAGCUAACGGAUCUUUACGACUGUGAGGAAGAGGCUAUACCAGAGUUGGAGAUAGAUGUGGAUGAGCUGCUGGACAUGCCUAGUGAUGAUGACCGAGGAGCCAGAGUUAAAGAUCUCCUGAUAGAGUGUUAUAAACCUACUGAGGACUUUGUGUCUGAUCUGCUGGAUAAGAUUCGUGGCAUGCAGAAACUCACCACCCCCCAGAAGAAAUAACCUCACCCCUUUCUCCUCCCUCAGCCCAAAUGGCCAUCCCUCAACCUCAACCUCACCCAACUGAAGAAAUAGGAGCUUUGCCUCCUCAGAGAUGGCGGGAGGAGGAGGAGGAGAAGAGAGUGGAGUAGAGGGACGAAGAUAAAGAGAAGAGAGGAUGGAAGAGGAGGAAAGAAGAUUGAAGCAGCCAAUCAGAUCUAAGCAGGGCUCAUGAUGUCCUAUCCUGUGGUUUUAUUUUAAUGUUUUAUUUAGUUGAUUCUUAUUUUUCGUUUUUUUAAAGGGGCUUGUAUUGUUUUUAAAUUAUCAAUGGAUCUGUUUCUCAUGUUAAUGUGAUGCCAGUGAACACAGCAUACUAUAACGUGGCUGUACGUUUAGUAGUGGUGAGUUUUAGUCCCAAAUGGUAACUUAUCUUUUAUAGUCCACUACUUAUAACCAGGGCUCUGGUUGUGGACUAGGUGAUAGGGAGCCAUUUUGGCUCUGGUUGUGGACUAGGUGAUUGGGAGCCAUUUUGGCUCUGGUUGUGGACUAGGCGAUAGGGAGCCAUUUUGGCUCUGGUUGUGGACUAGGCGAUAGGGAGCCAUUUUGGCUCUGGUUGUGGACUAGGUGAUAGGGAGCCAUUUUGGCUCUGGUUGUGGACUAGGUGAUAGUGAGCCAUUUUGGCUCUGGUUGUGGACUAGGUGAUAGGGAGCCAUUUUGGGACGUAACCUUUCAAGUUUUAGGACUGACUCCUGCGUAUAAUACAGUGUAUACAUUUAAAUGUCAGUCAUUUAGCCGAUGCUCUUAUCCAGAGAGACUUAUAGGAGCGAUUAGGGUUAAGUGCCUUGCUCAAGGGCACAUCGGCAGAUUUUUUUCACCUAGUCGGAUCGGGGAUACAAACCAACAACCUUUCUGUUAUUGGUCCAAUGCUCUUAACCACUAGGAUACCUGCUGCCCUAUACGCAGCUCCGUGUGUGUUUAACGUGUGUGUGGUCUGGAACACACACACACACACACACACACACACACACACACACACACCGGGGACUUGAACAAAGUGGCCUUGUUUCUUUCUAGCUCUAUAUUUCUCUGUCUUCUUCUUCUCUAAAACAGUUUCUUUUCUCUCACAUAGUGUGCAGUCUAAGGGCUAUUUUCAGUGAGGACUCAUGGAGAGUUUUCAGUAGAGCAGUAAACCAAUGAGGGGUGAGAUGGGAGGAGGGAGUGAAGGCAAGCAAAGGGAGGGGGUGGGGGGGGCACUGUAGUGGAAAAUUAUGGCUGUCUGGAUGCUUUUAUCCAAAUAGCAGCACACACACACACACGCACGCACGCACGCACGCACGCACGCACGCACGCACACACACACACACACACACACACACACACACACACAGGAAACAGCAGUAACACAGUCACAGACCACAGCUGCUGCUCCUUCAUGCUCACAUGUUAAUAGUGGCUCUCUCUCCAACACACACACACACACACACACACACACACACACACACACACAUGGGAAGGGGGGAUGAAAAACCUCAUCGAGAGAUAAAUAGAGCGACAGGGAGAGAGAGAAUCAGAGGUCUUACCCUUCCUGGUUCACAAGGCCUCAGUGUUGCUUAUCAGCUCUCUAUCUGUCCUCACACACACACACACAUCUCUCUAUUUGGCCCUCACUCCUUCCUUCUUCUCUCUCCUUCCGUUCUACUUCCAACCAUCAUCUACACCGAUGACACCUUCCCUUCCUCCAUCUCUCUUUUUUUUUAUGUUUUAUUUGAUUUGAAUUAGGGCUCUAUUCAAUCCGCAGCUUUACGGCGUGUCUGAAAGGUGACGUUUCCGUGGAGACCUCAUUCUCCGGUAAAACCUGUAUAUGUCGACUCAAGUCGGAAACGACCUUGACAUUUCUAUCACGGCGUUUUAAGUUUUUUUUUUUUUUCUCCAGAUCGAAUAAAAAGCCGACUUUGCCUUUUUUAGGCCUUUUAUUUAUGUUACAAAACCAAAUAGAACGAGACUUUUUUUCAUUUUUAAUGGAACAAUGUGUUUGUUGUUGUUGAUGUUUCUCCUCUUUUUAAAAAGGAGAUCCUAUUGUUGUUUAGAAAAUAGGUCACCUAGAGGUCACCUAGAGGUCACCUAGAGGUCAUUUACAUCUCUACACUCUGCAUUCUUUAGAUGCACAUAUCUAUUCUAGGUCAAUUUUUACUGUGUUUAUUAUUAUUGUUAUUAUUAUUCAGCCUGGCGUGUGUCCCAAAUGGCACCCUAUUCCCUAUAUAGUGCACUACUUUAGACCAGAGCACUACAAAUGGCACCCUAUUCCCUAUAUAGUGCACUACUUUAGACCAGAGCCCUGUGAUAAGACUGCCGUCCUUUCCAGGGUGUACUUGUACAUCUGCCUCACAGGACAUGAAACAGGCUCAUAUGUUCUGACUCUGACACGGCGACUUACUUACCCAUAAGUCUCUGGUCUAAUGUAGUGCAGUGUGUAGGGGAAUAAAGAAGCUAUUUGAGACGUAGCCCUGAUAGACUGUUUGUUGGGUGUGUCGGACUUAUUUUACUGUAUGACAACUUGCAACAAAAAAAAAAAAAAAAAAUAUUUUAUUGAUUAAAAGAAAUGCUGUUUUAGAAGUGAUGUGUUUCUGGAGGAAAAGAUGAACAAACUGAAAAACAAAAAUGUAGCAAUAUCAACAGGGUCUUGUUUAUUUACCAAUUUUGUUACACUUUUAUGCAACUUUGAUAAAAAAUAUGUUGAAACGAA